AUGUUUGCGGCAAAAGGUCUUGACUGGGAGUACCAGCUUCUCGAUACAGACGACGCCGAGGCCUUCAGCAAAAUGCUCGCCUCGGGGAAAAUGAUCGGGUGUGCAGUGACUAUGCCCAACAAGGUGACUUUCAGCUCUCUUGUCGACCAGCUGACCGAGGACGCCAGAGUUGUCGGAUCUAUCAACACGGUUUUCGCGCGAAAAAAUUCCGGAACCGGCCAAAUAGUGUAUGUGGGGGCCAACACCGACAUCAUCGGGGUCAGAGACUCGUUCUUGUUCAACGAGACGGCAAGGCAGAAGUGUCUGGAAGUGCGGCCAGGUCUCGUGUAUGGCGCCGGCGGAGCUUGUAGAGCAGCAAUAUAUGCGCUCCACACGUACCUCGGAUGCCCUAAAAUUUACGUCAUCAACAGAUUUGCACACGAGGUGGAAACUGUGGCUAAGAGUAUGAAGGAGAACGGCUUUGCAGGUGAAAUCAUCCAUCUGAGCACUCCACAAGAGGCACGUCGCGUAGAGUUGCCUAAGUUCAUAGUUUUGGCGGUGCCGAACAUCAAGCCUCAGACAGCCGAAGAAAAAUUGGCCAAGGCCACACUGGACGUUUUCAUCGAAUCCACCAAGGGUUCCGUGCUAGAAAUGUGUUACCACCCAAUUAUCCGGACACUUCUGUAUGAUGAGUUUGAGAAAAAGGGCUGGAACGUGAUUCCAGGCUGGGAAGCCGUGAUAUACCAGGGCGCAGCCCAAUUUGGCUACUGGACCGGAAUACCUUUGGAGGAAACUCCUGUCGAGCAUGCCUCACGAACUCUUCGUAAAAAUCUAGAAAAUGUUUAG